GCCGAGUAGAACCGAGCAGAACCGAGGCCCAGACCGUGACUUUGUUCCGAACCAAACCGAGUUUUAGCUCCGCGAGCAGAAAACGGUCACUUCCGCGUCUGGAGGCUUUUUGUUGUCGCAGAAACUUUUACCUGAGCGACAGUUUACCAGGUUCUGGUUCCACCUGCUGGUUCUACCUGGUUCUGGUCCUACCCGGUUCUGGUUCUGGUUCUCCUUGGUUCUGGUCCUACCUGGUUCUGGUCCUACCUGGUUCUGGUUCUGCUUCUCCUUGGUUCUGGUCCUACCUGGUUCUGGUUCUACCUGGUUCUGGUGUCUCUGUCCCCCUGUCCAGGUGUAUCUUCCGUUCAGCGGGCUCCGCCCCCUGAGACCCUCCACCGGAUAUACAGCUGUUGUUUCCUGUUUUUCCAGCGGUCCUUGAACGCAGCUCCGGCAGCGGCCCCGCCCUGUCCCGGUCUGCAUGCGCUGCACCGACACUCCCCGGUGUCUCCCCUGUUAGGUUUUCAUUCAAAUCAGUUUCAAUUCUCUCUCAAUUCUUCUUUCUGUCUCUGUUGACUCGGUCCGGUUCGGUUCGGUCCGGGUCAGAUGGCGGCUAACCGGGUGGGGCGGCGGGUGAACCGGGUGUGCGGCAGCCCCUCACCGAGCCGGGAUCCGGGUCAGAACCUGCAGCGGCGGCAGGCACGGGUCACCGUCAAAUACAACCGGACGGAGCUGCAGCGACGCCUGGACGUAGAGAGCUGGACGGACCGGGGACUGGAGCAGCUGUACCGGGGGAGGGAGGAGCAGAUGCCUGAAGAGCUGAACAUCGAUGAGCUGCUGGACCUGAAGACUGUGGAGGAGAGAACACACAGACUGCAGAACAUCCUUCAGUCAUGUCCCAGCAGCACUGAGGUGUUCAUCAGCGAGCUGCUGCUGAAGCUUCAGGGUUUACAGAAGCAGGAGGAUCUGCACAACGACGGCAUCGACCUGCCACAGCUACACAUCCUCUCCACCCGCUCCCAAUCCGCCCACAGGGAGGCACUGCAUUGAGAUACCGAGCGUCUCCCAACUGAUCCUAAGACCCACGGCACCCCCCCACCACUGGAGCAGGAGGAGCUGGUGUAUGAAACAAACACACUUUAACUUCUAUCCAACAUACCCAGAGUCACUCCACCCAAACACCCAGAGGAUCAGUACAGCAGCAUCGAUUACUACAGUCUGACAGUCUCUGAACAACAUCGAUUAGUACAGUCUGACAGCCUCUCGACAGCAUCAAUUAGUACAGUCUGACAGCCUCUCGACAGCAUCGAUUAGUACAGUCUGACAGCCUCUAAACAGCAUCGAUUAGUACAGUCUGAGAGCCUCUAAACAGCAUCGAUUAGUACAGUCUGACAGCCUCUAAACAGCAGCAUCGAUUAGUACAGUCUGAGAGCCUGCAGAUAGCAUCGAUUAGUACAGUUUGAGAGCCUCUAAACGGCAUCGAUUAGUAGUCUGAGAGAAUCUAAACAGCAGCAUCGAUUAAUACAGUCUGACAGCCUCUAAAAAGCAGUAUCGAUUAGUACAGCCUGACAGCCUCUAAACAGCAUCGAUUAGUAGUCUGAGAGAAUCUAAACAGCAGCAUCGAUUAGUACAGUCUGACAGCCUCUAAACAGCAGUAUCGAUUAGUACAGCCUGACAGCCUCUAAACAGCAUCGAUUAGUACAGUCUGAGAGGCUCUAAACAGCAUCGAUUAGUACAGUCUGAGAGGCUCUAAACAGCAUCGAUUAGUACAGUCUGAGAGCCUCUAAACAGCAGCAUCGAUUAGUACAGUCUGAUAGCCUCUCGACAGCAUCAAUUAGUACAGUCUGACAGCCUCUCGACAGCAUCGAUUAGUACAGUCUGACAGCCUCUAAACAGCAUCGAUUAGUACAGUCUGAGAGCCUCUAAACAGCAUUGAUUAGUACAGUCUGACAGCUUCUAAACAGCAGCAUCGAUUAGUACAGUCUGAGAGCCUCCAGAUAGCAUCGAUUAGUACAGUUUGAGAGCCUCUAAACGGCAUCGAUUAGUAGUCUGAGAGAAUCUAAACAGCAGCAUCGAUUAGUACAGUCUGACAGCCUCUAAACAGCAGUAUCGAUUAGUACAGCCUGACAGCCUCUAAACAGCAUCGAUUAGUAGUCUGAGAGAAUCUAAACAGCAGCAUCGAUUAGUACAGUCUGACAGCCACUAAACAGCAGUAUCGAUUAGUACAGCCUGACAGCCUCUAAACAGCAUCGAUUAGUACAGUCUGAGAGGCUCUAAACAGCAUCGAUUAGUACAGUCUGAGAGGCUCUAAACAGCAUCGAUUAGUACAGUCUGAGAGGCUCUAAACAGCAUCGAUUAGUACAGUCUGACAGCCUCUGAACAGCAUCGAUUAGUACAGUCUGACAGCCUCUGAACAGCAUCAAUUAGUACAGUCUGACAGCCUCUAAACAGCAUCGUUUAGUACAGUCUGACAGCCUCUGAACAGCAUCGAUUAGUACAGUCUGACAGCCUCUGAACAGCAUCGAUUAGUACAGUCUGACAGCCUCUAAACAGCAUCGAUUAGUACAGUCUGACAGCCUUUAAACAGCAGCAUCGAUUAGUACAGUCUGACAGCCUCUAAACAGCAUCGAUUAGUACAGUCUGACAGCCUUUAAACAGCAGCAUCGAUUAGUACAGUCUGACAGCCUUUAAACAGCAGCAUCGAUUAGUACAGUCUGACAGCCUCUGAACAGCAUCGAUUAGUACAGUCUGACAGCCUCUGAACAGCAUCGAUUAGUACAGUCUGACAGCCUCUGAACAGCAUCGAUUAGUACAGUCUGACAGCCUCUGAACAGCAUCGAUUAGUACAGUCUGAGAGCCUCUAAACAGCAUCGAUUAGUACAGUCUGACAGCCUCUGAACAGCAUCGAUUAGUACAGUCUGAGAGCCUCUGAACAGCAUCGAUUAGUACAGUCUGACAGCCUCUGAACAGCAUCGAUUAGUACAGUCUGACAGCCUCUGAACAGCAUCGAUUAGUACAGUCUGACAGCCUCUGAACAGCAUCGAUUAGUACAGUCUGACAGCCUCUGAACAGCAUCGAUUAGUACAGUCUGACAGCCUCUGAACAGCAGCUGGUCUUGACCUCUGUAGAAUUUAGACUUAAACUCCUCUUCUGAACAGAAACUCUCUUUCCGUCUGAUUGGAGGAUGAAACUGAAAGGAACCUGUUUUCCUGAACUCUGAUUUCCAGAUCUUCAGUCCUCAGAGACGGUUUUAGUUCUCAGCUGUUUCCUGCUCCUCCUGUUUCUAUGUCUGUCUGAAGUCUUUUGUUGUUUUUGUUUUUUAAAUUAUUUUAAUUAAACAUGUAAACGAUC